AUGGGAGUGAAGGAAAUCCUGUUGGGCGACAAGUUGCCCACGGAACGAGCGCUGGGCAUUCUGUGGGACCUGGAAGAGGACGAAUUAGCGGUGCAAGUCCAAAUACCAAAGAAACCAGAGACGAGGCGGAGUCUCCUAAGCAUGAUCAGCUCUAUAUAUGACCCUUUGGGCUUUCUCGCCCCUAGUGUCAUAAGAGCAAAGAUGAUCUUCCAGGAAGAGUGCAGACGCAGAACAGGAUGGGAUGAGAAAUUAGCUGACAAAACGAUGACAGCUUGGCGAAGGUGGCUAACUGACCUUCCCUAUCUUACGCGCAUACGCGUUCCACGAUGUUAUCGACACGAAUCAACCGGUAGUACGACAGACGUACAACUGCACCACUUCAGCGACGCUUCUCAGCAUGCCUAUGGCGUGGUGUCAUACCUGAGGAUGACAAAUGCAGAAGGAGCACAUCAAAUCUCUUUUGUGUGUGGUAAGGCCAAGCUGGCCCCUCUGAAACAACAGACCAUACCCCGUCUUGAAUUGUGUGCUGCAGUAUUGGCCACAAGGGCAGACAAACAAAUACGUAAAGAGCUUGACCAAAGAAUCAAUAGAACGACGUUCUGGACAGACAGCACAGCCGUCUUACAGUAUAUUAGAAAUACUGAACGACGCUUUCACGUCUUUGUGGCCAACCGGAUUUCGGCGAUUCAUGAAGAAUCUAACCCAGAACAGUGGAGGCACGUGAGCUCGUCAAUAAACCCAGCAGAUGACGCCAGUCGUGGCCUGAAUUGA